CGGCGAUUGUUGGAAUCACACGACUCCAAUAUGGCGAAUGUGAGGGACAGUGAUACGUCGUUGUGGCUUCAUAACAAGUUAGGAACGUCGAACGACAGCUGGACAGGGAGUUCAAUUUGUUCUCAACUUAAUGCUGAAGUAUUACGGAACAUCAAGGAUUGUUUUCCUGAUCUUCAGACUCAAGUUAAGCUUAAAUUAUUACUAUCGUUCUUUCACAUACCUAGACGGAAUGUCGAAGAGUGGCGUGCCGAAUUGGAGGAGAUUAUCGAGGUGGCGUCUCUGGACAGCGAACUGUGGGUUUCCAUGUUAUCCGAAGCGAUGAAAACGUUUCCAUCUACGGGUUCCCUGAACACAGAUAUUACUGAUUUGGAUGAACAUAGACCAAUAUUUGGAGACUUGGUGAAUGAUUUGAGGAAACUCCUGAAGAAGCAAAAUGAUCCAGCCAUGCUGCCUCUAGAAUGCCACUAUCUGAACAAAACGGCUCUCACCUCUGUUGUUGGACAACAACCUGCGCCAACGAAACAUUUUACUCUCAAAAGGAAACCGAAAAGUGCCGCUCUCAGAGCUGAAUUGCUGCAAAAAAGCAUUGAUGCUGCGAGCAAUUUGAAAAAAAAUACAACUCCCACUGUUCCGGUCAGAAGCAGAGGGAUGCCAAGAAAAAUGACUGACACAACGCCUUUGAAAGGGAUUCCGAGCAGAGUACCGACGAGCGGAUUUCGAUCACCGGCGCUCACGCCUUCCUCGUUGGCAACGAGGACUCCUAUUAGUAGUAGAAUAAGGAAAGAUGGAGGAAUAAAGCUUUUGGACAUAAAUGAACAACCUCUCGGUUAUGCGCAAGCUAAAAAACGAAAACGUAUGAUGGAAUUAGAGGAGCAACAGAAGAAGGUUGCGGAAGCUCAAGCUGCAGCAGCUGCAGCUGCUACUGCUACACCGGCCGCAGCAGAAGUUCCUACAACGCCAGAAUACGCCCAAGGUCUUGCGCCAAUAAAUCCUCCAGUGACGACCACGACAACCGGUACAACGGCAGCGACUUAUGCACCUGCGAGUACAACCACGCCGGUUCCUUCUGUCGUUACUCCGCAGACUCCUACAACACCAACUACACCAACGACACCGAGUACGACUUUGCCUUUGGCAACGCCUGCUGCUACAACUCCUGUCGAAAGUACUCCAGUUGGCGUUCAAACUGUACGCCCGUCUCAAACAGUUACACAAAUUCGCAUACAACCGACAGCUCAACCACCGAAUGCGGCUGCGAAUACACGGAAAGGACUUUCUCUUACGCGAGAACAAAUGCUCGAAGCGCAAGAGAUGUUCCGAACAGCGAACAAAGUCACGAGGCCAGAGAAAGCCCUCAUUCUUGGAUUUAUGGCUGGCUCAAGAGACAACCCAUGUCCGAAGUUGGGCAAUAUCGUAACUGUGAUGUUAUCCGAAAAUAUCGAGGACGUAGUCCAACCUGAUGGUACAACAGUUUCAAUGUUGGUCGAGACGCAUUUCCAGAUGAAUUACACAAACGGUGAAUGGAAGAGGAUAAAGAAGAAUCGACGAAUUGUUACCGAAGAAACGGCUACUACGACUUCGAAUACAAGCACUUCGACAACGACUCCGACGGGAGGCACUCCAGCUGUGAAUGCAACUGCUACGGCUUCCAAUUAAGUGAGACGGGUUUUCACGUCCUCAGUUAUAUCCUUCCCUCUCUCUUACGCGUUUGGCUCGUGAAUGAUUUGAAAAAAGGUGACAUUUUCCUCUUGAAAAUUUUAUCGAACAACGGAUUUUUGACAUGACAGAGCAUUUUUGCUUUUCAACGACCCCUGAAUUGACUGGUUGAAAACAAUGAACAUUCGCAACACAAAAUGAAUUUGCGGAUGCUAUAAAAAUGUUGGGUUCAAGUGCCGAUGAUGCGAGAAGAAAAAACAAUAAUAAUGAUAAAGAGUUGCAAAAUUCCAUUGAAUUUGGAGAUUGUUCAGUUUUCUACAAGACUGCAAAGAAAUUUGCUUCGGUUGAAACAAAAUUUUGCAACAGAUCUCGAAGGCUUAUGGCAAAGAAAUGAACAGAUAUACAGAUAUAGAAAAUACGAAAAGAUAUGAACAUGAGACUCUUAUAACAUUGUUAUUUGAAUAAAGUAUAAUUAUAUUGAUUAAA